CUUCUUUUUUUAAUAGCUAGGGAGGGGGAAAUCGCUGAGUCGGGCGUGGCAGUCAGCCAAUCUUUCUUGUUAUCUCUGGGUAAAUGAAAGCUGACAGCUAGACUACCUUUCUUGCAGCGUCCACAGACAAUUUCCGUCGAUUUGCUGGGUGUAAAAACGUUGAAUUGUGCCUCGAUCCUCGCCGAGGAAAUAUCUUACCGGACGGACGGCACGACACUCCGCUUAAGGACGACAGACAGACCACGCUCACCAUCGCGAAAUAUAGACGCAGGCAGCAUGUCCACCUCCACAGUCACAGAGUUGAAAGAGCUGAACCCAGUUGACUUCAUCCAGCUACAGCAGUACAUUGACUACUGCAGGCUGAGGGUUAAAGAUGUGCUGAGGGAAUUUGAUGCAGAUGGCAGGCUGGCCCAGCACAGACAUGGAGAGUGUAUCAAUGAGGAAGGCUUCCGUCUCUUCCUGAAGACCUAUUUGGAGGUUGAGGACUUCCCUAAGGAUCUCUGCCAGCGCCUGUUCCGUUCCUUCCAGAGCGGAACCCAACUGGCCGGGCAGGACAACGCCAAAGAGGUCUUUCUGAAGGAUGUUUCGUGUUACUUCUCUCUGUUGGAGGAUGGCCAGCCCAGAGACAAGCUGGAGUUUGCUUUCAAACUGUAUGACAGAGAUGGCAAUGGAGUCCUUGACAGCUCUGAGGUGGACCGGAUCAUUGCUCAGAUGAUGCAUGCUGCAGAUUACCUGGACUGGGAUGUGUCUGAGCUGAGACCAGUGCUGAAGGACAUGAUGACAGCCAUCGACGCAGACAGCAGUAACACGGUCUCUCUGGAUGAGUGGGUGGAAGGCGGAAUGAACAACGUUCCUCUGCUGGUAUUACUUGGGCUGAAGAUGACUCAGAAGGAUGGGCAGCACCUAUGGAGGAUGAAAAAUUACAACAAGCCUGUCUACUGCAACGUGUGUCAGAGCAUGCUGCUAGGACUGAGGAAACAGGGGCUUUGCUGCACCUGUUGUAAAUACACGGUCCAUGGACGCUGUGCCAACAGAAACCCAGCUCCCUGUACAAGGACCUAUGUCAAGUCUAAGAAAGACACGGGAGUUCCAACCCAUGACUGGGUCAGUGGGAACUGUGAUUCUGGGAAGUGUGACAAGUGUCAGAAGAAGAUCAAGAGUUAUCACGGGCUGACGGGCAAACACUGUGUCUGGUGCCACUCCAUGCGCCAUGAUGACUGUGCCUCCCAGGAGCCCUCUGACUGUAACUGUGGAACUCUCAGAGACCAUAUCCUCCCCCCUUGGGCCAUCUACCCUGUUAUGAAGGAGAAGCCUAACAGCAUGAAGAACGGCUCCUCGAGCUCAGCCGGCGACAGUGACCACAACACCACUCCUGACGGAAAGGUGCUUCAGAUUGAUCCGGUCCCAGACACUCAUCCUCUUUUAGUGUUUGUGAACCCUAAAAGUGGAGGCAAGCAGGGAGAAAGAGUUCUGCGUAAAUUCCAGUAUUUGCUGAAUCCACGGCAGGUGUAUAACCUAUCCAAUGGUGGACCUGGACCAGGGCUGUGCUUCUUCAGAAAUCUGAAGGAUUACAGGAUAUUGGUUUGCGGAGGGGACGGCACUGUGGGCUGGAUACUUGAUGCCAUAGAAAAAGCCAAUCUUCAAGUGCGGCCACCUGUGGCUGUGUUACCCCUGGGCACAGGAAAUGACCUUGCACGUUGUCUUAGAUGGGGAGGAGGUUAUGAUGGGACGGAUCUGUGUCGGAUCCUGAAGGAGAUUGAGGGCAGCACCCCGGUGCUGAUGGACCGAUGGAAUGUAGAGGUGAUCCUAGAGGAUCCCCAGGAGAUGGGUGACCCUGUGCCUUAUGAGAUCAUCAACAACUACUUCUCCAUCGGAGUGGAUGCUUCUAUUGCCCACCGGUUUCAUACGCUGAGAGAGAAACACCCCCAGAAAUUUAAUAGCAGAAUGAAGAACAAGUUGUGGUAUUUUGAGUUUGCCACCUCUGAGACCAUCUCUGCUUCAUGCAAGAAACUGAAUGAAUGUCUUACAAUUGAGUGCUGCGGCACCCCAUUGGACCUGAGUGACCUUUCUAUGGAGGGGAUCGCAGUCCUCAACAUUCCCAGCAUGCACGGUGGAUCCAACCUGUGGGGAGAAGCCAAGAAGAGUGAAUCCAAGUCCUUGAUGAAUCCUCAGGAAAUACCGGAGGUUAUUGUCGACCCUGAAAUCCUGAAAUUCAGUGGACAAGACCUCAGUGACCUGCGUUUGGAAGUGGUUGGUCUAGAAGGGGCCAUGGAGAUGGGGCAGAUAUAUACUGGACUUAAGAGUGCUAUAAGACUAGCAAAAACCUCACAGAUUACAAUCAGGACUAAGAAACCUUUACCAAUGCAGAUAGACGGAGAGCCCUGGAUGCAGCCACCCUGUACGAUUCACAUCACACACAAGAACCAGGCCAGUAUGCUGAUGGGUCCCCAGAGCCGGUCCAGCUUCUUCAGCUCAAAGUAGAAGCCUGCUCCCUGGCUACACGCAGUAACAUGACCUAUAUGCACUUGCUUAUUAUUUUACAUUUGUGAAAUGACUGAAGCAGCUUGGUUUGUGAAACCAGUUGGUAUAUGCAUAUUUUAGAGAAAUAGGUUGACCAACAUUUUAAGAAAGUUCAACACAUUAUUUUGUUUGUUCUGCCUCAAUACAAGACGAUAUUAUGAAAACAUUGCCAACUACAGCUGUAUGAUAGCCUUAUAUAUGACUCUGGACAACAAGUUAAGAGCUUUUAGUGGGUUUUAUGUGCCUUUUUCAUCAUUUUUUGCCAAAUUCACCUUAUGCGUUAUCAAGGGGACAAAGACUGCUGGGUUGCACAGUCUAAGAUAUUGGUAUCCGCCGCUUGAAAAGUUUGAGUUAAAUGUUUAUUCAACAAGAUUAUUUUAACUUCAUUGUUAUUACAUUUUUGUAGGAUAAUUUAAAUGUAUACGGUACCAGUCAAAAGUUUGGACACAACUACUCACAUUCAAGGGUUUUUCUUUAUUUUACUAUUUUCUACAUUGUAGAAUAAUAGUGAAGACAUCAAAAAUAUGAAAAAACACAUAUGGAAUCAUAUAGUAACCAAAAAAAGUGUAAAAUCUAAAUACAUUUUAGAUUCUUCAAAGUAGCCAACCUUUGCCUUGAUGACAGCUUUGAAUUCUCUCAACCAGCUUCAUGAGGUAGUCACCUAGAAGGCUUUUCCAACAGUCUUGAAGGAGUUCCCACAUAUGCUGAGCACUUGUUGGCUGCUUUUCCUUCACUCUGCAGUCCAACUCUUCCCAAACCAUCUCAAUUGGGUUGAGGUUGGGGGAUUGUGGAGGCCAGGUCAUCUGAUGCAGCACUCUUGUUCUUGUCAAAUAGCCCUUGCACAACCUGAAGGUGUGUUGGGUCAUUGUCCUGUUGAAAAGCAAAUGAUAGUCCCACUAAGCGUAAACCCGAUGGGAUGGUGUAUCGCUGCAGAAUGCUGUGGUAGCCAUGGUUAAGUGUGCCUUGAAUUCUAAAUAAAUCACAGUGUUUUUUUACUAUAUUUAACCAGGUAGACAUGUUGAGAACAAGUUCUCAUUUACAACUGUGACCUGGCCAAGAUAAAGCAGAGCAGUGUGACUGUCACGAAUAUUUGUCGAGACGGACCAAGGCGCAGCGGAUGUUGAGUUCCACAUAAUUUAUUAUAAAGUGAAACUUAGCAAAACAAUAACACAAACAACAAACCGUGACUACAGAGAUGCUACGUGCACUUACUCAAAACAAUAUACCAUAAAAUACAGGUGGGAAAAAUGCUACUUAAAUAUGAUCCACAAUUAGAGACGAUUACCAGCUGCCUCUAAUUGGGAAUCAUACCAAUCACCAACAUAGAAAACGAAACUAGAAUACCACAUAGAAAAUAUAAACUAGACUAACCCCCCAGUCACGCCCUGACCUACUCUACCAUAGAAAAUAAGGGCUCUCUAUGGUCAGGGUGUGACAGUGACACAGACAACAAUAGAGUUACACAUGGAGUAAACAAUAAACAAGCCAGUAACACAAUAAACAAGUCAAUGAACAGUAGGAAAAAAAGAGUCUAUAUACAGUGUGUGCAAAAAGAAUGAGGAGGUAGGCAAUAAAUAGGCCAUAGGAGCGAAUAAUUACAAUUUAGCAGAUUAACAAUGGAGUGAUAAAUGAGCAGAUGAUGAUGUGCAAGUAGAGAUACUGGUGUGCAAAAUAGCAGAAAAGUAAAUAAAACAAAAAGACGGUAUGGGGAUGAGGUAGGUAGAUUGGGUGGGCUAUUUACAGAUGGACUAUGUGUCACCAGCAAAGCACCAUCACACCUCCGCCAUGCGGAGAUCAUCCGUUAACCUACUCUGCGUCUCACAAAGACAUGGUGGUCGGGAACCAAAGAUCACAAAUUUGGACUCAUCAGACCAAAGGACAGAUAUCCACCGGUCUAAUGGUUCUUGGCCCAAGCAAGUCUCUUCUUAUUGGUGUCCUUUAGUAGUGGUUUAUUUGCAGCAAUUUGACCAGGAAGAACUGAUUCACACAGUCUCCUCUGAAUAGUUGAUGUUGAGAUGUGUCUUGAACUUGAACUCUGUGGUGCAAUCUGAGGUGCAGUUAAUUGCCCAUUUCUACGGCUGGUAACUCUAAUGAACUUAUCCUCUGCAGCAGAGGUAACUCUGGGUCUUCCUUUCCUGUGGCGGUCCUCAUGAGAGCCAGUUUCAUUAUAGAAUUGUAUGUUUUUUGUGACUGCACUUGAAGAAACUUUCAAAGUUCUUGAAAUGUUCCAUAUUGACUGACCUUCAUGUCUUAAAGUAAUGAUGGACUGUCUUUUCUCUUUGCUUAUUUGAGCUGUUCUUGUCAUAAUAUGGACUUGGUCUUUUACCAAAUAGGGCUAUCUUCUGUAUACCACCCCUACCUUGUCACAACACAACUGAUUUGGCUCAAACAUAUUUAAGAAGGAAACAAAAUCCACAAAUUCACUUUUAACAAGGCUCACCUGUUCAUUGAAAUGCAUUCCAGGUGACUACCUCAUGAAGCUGGUUGAGAGAAUGCCAAGAGUGUGAAAAGCUGUCAUCAAGGCAAAGGGUGGCUACUUUGAAGAAUCUCAAAUAUACAAUACAUUUGGAUUUGUUUAACACAUUUUUGGUUACUACAUGAUUCCAUAUAUGUUAUUUCAUAGCGUUGAUGUCUUCACUAUUAUUCUAUAAUGUAGAAUAUAAAGAAAACCCUGAAAUGAGUAGAUUUGUCCAAACUUUUGACUGGUACUGUAUCAAAUUUGGUCAUUGAAAUUCUAAAAUUGUCCAGGAUUUGUUAAGUUAUGAAAUGUUUAAAAGCUCAGUGCAUAAUGUUUUGUGGUAAUAUACCCACAUCAGUGCAGAUUUAUAGGAAAUUAUUAUGUACUCUUGUCAGCAAGAAACUCUUUGCUCCUAUGUCCUGUGGCCAAACGUAAUUUAAUUGUUUUAAUAGCAGUAGUUUAAUUCAGUAGUUUUAAUAUAUUGAGUGACCGUUUGGAAUCGAAAACAAAUUGUUUACUUCCUCCUCUCAAUGUAAGGUCUCAGUUUUCUCUUAUUCGGUAUCUCUAAUUUAAGCUUAGCCAUAUAAUUUCACUUAAAUACUGAGAAUGUUGAAAAUAUUGGAAAUGAUGCUAUAGAUAUUUCAAUAAACCGAUUUGACAUUG